AUGUGCAAAACUCAUCCAAACGCCAAUCCGGCCAACCCGGAAACCGGUGCUACAUUUCGUACUCGAAAUACAAAUGUUGCUAUAAACCGAAGAAUCCGUAGGGCUCCAGGAGUCCUCCCUGGGGACCAAAGAACCAUCCCUGGAUCUGGUUGUAGCGAGCAAAGCUAUUUCCAGAUAGCCAAUCGACAAGUUCCUCCUAUAUCCGGCAAACAACGCUGGAAUAUAUUUGAAACCCGGUUUGAAAGAAAUAUCAAUCAGGAUGAAGAUGAGGAAGAUUUAGAUGAUAAACUAAGAGCGUAUCCUACUCAUCCAGGUUCUCAUCUCAACUACGCAGAUUCAAACAAUUAUGUUCACGAGCCUGCUAUAAUUCCCGUAAGCCCCGGUCUAGGCUUGGGUGUUGACCUUCGGCCAGAUCUUUCAGAGGCCUAUGACCAACUGGCUAUGGGCAGCUGUGCUUCUCAUGCUGUAGCCGGCGCAUUAGAAUUUGUGAUUAGAAAAACAGGUCAACCCGAUUUUACCCCUUCCAGGCUAUUCAUUUGGUACUAUGCUCGCAAGAAUUCAGGAUACAGAAAAGGACACUAUAAAGCCACCGACUUUAAUACUGGCACUUCCGUUGAGGACGCUCUCCGUGUUCUGUCAUCAGGUGUCUGUUCUGAGGAUCUUUGGCCUUAUGUAUUUAACGAGAGUAAUAAUCGGGGGAUCUAUAAAUUUCCUCCUAAUUCCAAGGCAGCAACGGAGCCCAAUCAAAAUUCAAGACGCCUUGCUCGUCAGAACACCGCAACAUUUGAGCCGUUCAACACGGAAAAAUCACACAAUAACCUCAUAGAUUGUCUCGAUAGCGGAUAUCCCUUUAUAUUUUCAAUGAAUGUGCGUGAUUGGCUCGACAAAGAAAACCUUAAUGAACAUAACGGCUAUCAGAUGCAAGUACCAAUAAACCCAAAGAGCGAUAAGUAUGUAAACGACGGGCAUGUAUUCCUGACGGUUGGUUACAAACCACAGGAUAAAACAUUUAUUAUCCGAAACUCAUGGGGGCCUAACUGGGGUGACCAUGGCCAUUUCUACAUGGCCUACCUUUAUAUGAGCACUUAUAGCAAAGAGUUCUGGAUUGUUCGCCACAUUAAAAAACCGUCUUAA